GCGGGAGAAGGGUACCCAAUUUGCAAUCCAAGAGUGACAAUGGCUUCUUUCUUAAUGGCUGUCUUAGUUUUGGCACUAGCAUUCAUGAAGAGUGCUUCUGCAAGUCAUGACUAUGGGGAGGCUUUGAGCAAAAACUUACUUUUUUAUGAAGCUCAGAGAUCUGGAAAGCUUCCUAAUACCCAGAGAGCUAACUGGCGAGCUGAUUCUGGACUUAAAGAUGGAUUGGCUAAUGGGGUUGACUUGGUUGGAGGAUACUAUGAUGCAGGUGACAAUGUGAAAUUUGGACUUCCAAUGGCGCACACCAUCACAAUGCUCUCAUGGAGUGUGAUAGAGUAUGGAAAACAAUUGGCUAAAAGUGGAGAGCUGGGGUAUUCCAUGGAGGCUAUCCAGUGGGGUACCGAUUAUCUCUUAAAAGCUCAUCCUGAGUCAAAUGUACUAUAUGGGCAGGUGGGUGAUGGCAUUACAGACCAUAACUGUUGGCAGAGGCCAGAAGAUAUGACAACCCCUAGACAGGCAUACAAGAUUGAUACCAACAACCCUGGAUCAGAUCUUGCAGGAGAAACAGCUGCUGCUAUGGCUGCUGCCUCUAUAAUUUUCAAGGACUCCAAUCCCGCUUACUCUAAUGAGCUUCUCAGUCAUGCCAAACAGCUCUUUGACUUUGCUGACAAAUACAGGGGAAAGUAUGACAGUAGCAUUACUAAUGUUCGAAAGUUUUAUGGAUCAAUCAGUGGAUAUGAUGAUGAAUUACUGUGGGCAGCUGCAUGGCUUCAUAGAGCAACUGGGGAUCAGAACUACUUCAAUUACUUGACCGAUAAUGCAGAUUCCUUGGGUGGAACAGGAUGGAGUAUGACGGAGUUCUCUUGGGAUGUUAAAUAUGCAGGGGUCCAAGUGCUUGCUUCCAUGUUCCUCUUGCAAGGUAAUGGUGGGGAAAAAGAGGCUGUGCUGCAAAAAUACCAAGAAAAAGCUGAGUUUUUCAUGUGUUCUUGCCUUCAGAAAAACGGAUACAAUGUACAGAGAACACCCGGUGGGCUACUAUAUUGGCAGAAAUGGAACAACAUGCAUUUUGUGACAAGUGCCUCAUUUCUCCUUACAGUCUACUCUGAUUAUUUGUCUGCUGCUGGCAAGAAAUUGCAAUGCCCAGAUGGACAAGUGGAUCCAUCUGAACUCUUAGCCUUGGCUAAAUCACAGAUUGAUUACCUACUUGGCGACAACCCAAGAGCUACAAGCUACAUGGUAGGAUAUGGAUCAAACUAUCCUAGCCAAGUUCACCACAGGGCUUCCUCCAUUGUAUCUUACAAAGACAAUCCAUCAUUUGUCAGUUGCAAAGGAGGUUAUGCCGCAUGGUUCAAUCACCAAGGCAAAGAUCCCAAUGUUUUAGUUGGUGCCGUAGUAGGAGGACCUGAUCAGAAUGACAACUUCGCAGAUGAAAGAGACAAUUAUGAGCAGACAGAACCUGCAACUUAUAACAAUGCUCCAAUGGUGGGACUUUUAGCCAGACUCCAACUUGGAAAUGGUGGAAACAGCAACCUUAAUCAAGGUGGUGUACAAAAACCAGGAUCUGUUCCCCGAACUGGUGAACAAAAAGCAAAAUCUAAGGUCGUACCCGCUACGAAAGAGAGACAUCCUUUUCCCACUUCUCCUCAAAAGGAGAGUUUGGUGGCCAUCUCACAGAAUCUGUCACAUUCUUGGAUUCACAGAGGAAGAAAUUAUUACAGAUAUUCAGUGACCAUCACCAAUAAAUCUCAAAGUCAAUCACUUCAAUCUAUCAAGCUUUCCAUUCAAGGACUUUAUGGUCCUAUAUGGGGUCUCUCAAAAUCAAAGGACAACUUGUAUUCAUUUCCUGAAUGGUUGAAGUCUGUCCCUCCUGGUCAGAGUAUAGGUUUUGUGUAUAUUCAUGCUGCUCCUCAAGCAACUAUUUCCCUUACUAACUAUCAAUUGACAUGAACUGAUCAGCAUUCUAUCAAUCCAUUAAUUUAUUGUAAUCAGGAUGUUUUAAGGCUUCAGUGUUGCUAUUCUCUUAGCUUAUUAAUGGAGAAAGUGAAAACUAAUUCAGCCUAUACAAGAGAGAAUGGAUCAAGUCAAAGUCAGACCUUAAUCUCUCUAAGCUGGCUAACAUCUAUGUGGGUAUUAACAGUAUUAACAGAUGAGGAAGCAUGAAAGAAUUUUCUAGUGAGGCUAUUCAUUAUUGAUAAUAAUAGUAUGUGGUUGUAAGUGGAGUUGAAUAACAAUGUCAUUUUACAGAUGGGGAGAAUGACUAGUAUUUGUGUGGAGUUAGUUGUGCACUUGGGGAAAGAAAAGCCUGCUUUUCUUCCUUCUACAAGUCUAUGGUUACAAGAUCGUAACUUUUAAAACUUUAAAUGAAAUUUACUUAAAUAUUAUGGCAUAAACUACAAUUGAGUUUGCUUAUUCCCAUAGAAAAGGAUUAAAAGAGAUACGUAUGUCCCUGUAGUUAGAUAUCUAGAUAGUUUCAUGCAUGCCAAUAUGUGCAAAGGCAUACAUGAUCCAUUAUUAUAUGGUUAGAUCUGUAUCAAUGUUGAGCUUUCUGUUUAACAAAUUCUUGUAUUGUUUGGUGGAUUUUA